UCAAGUCCCAGAGACUCGAAAGGAACUUGCGCGUUCAAAGAGGAACACUUUCUGAAUUUCUUCUCCGACGAAUCUCAUCUAAUUCAGACACAUCUCUUCUUUCAUAAUAGCAAAUCAUCAGAACUUGAAGGAGCUGAAACGCUGUCAUGAAUACAGAAGUGUUGGCUUUGAUUGUCCUGUUUCAACUUUUUGAUCAAAGUUUGGGCCAAAAUGGAACCAGACCCAACGUUGUGAUGGUGAUGAGUGAUGCAUUUGAUGGGCGAUUGACCUUUGAUCCUGGCAGCAAAGUUGUGCAGCUUCCAUAUACGAACUACCUCAGUGAGCUUGGUACCACAUUCCUCAAUGCUUACACCAACUCACCCAUCUGCUGCCCCUCAAGAGCAGCAAUGUGGAGCGGUCAGUUUGUUCACCUCACUCGGUCAUGGAACAACUACAAGUGCCUCGAUGCUAAUGCAACAACAUGGAUGGAUUUGCUGAAGGCGAACGGAUAUCUUACCAAGAUAAUGGGCAAGCUGGACUACACCUCAGGCAGUCACUCUGUCAGUAAUCGAGUUGAGGCCUGGACACGAGAUGUUCAAUUUCUCCUGCGCCAAGAGGGCCGGCCUGUUACACAACUUGUUGGGAACAUGUCAACAGUAAGGAUCAUGAGAAAAGACUGGAAAAACACAGACAUGGCUACCCAGUGGAUCCACCAGAGAGGUGCAUCCUCACACCAGCCCUUUGCUCUUUAUCUUGGCCUCAAUUUACCUCACCCAUAUAAAACUGAAUCACUGGGGCCCACUGGAGGAGGAUCCACCUUCCUUACCUCACCAUACUGGCUGAAAAAGGUGUCUUCUGAGCUCAUCACUGUUCCUAAAUGGCUGCCCAUAGCUGCCAUGCACCCUGUUGACUUCUACUCCACCUUCACCAAAAACUGCAGUGGUGUUUUCACUGAGGAGGAAGUCAAACGCAUACGGGCUUUCUAUUAUGCCAUGUGUGCUGAAGCAGAUGCCAUGCUGGGCCAGGUGAUUUCAGCUCUGAGAGAGAAUGGGCUGCUUAACAACACUGUUGUGAUCUUUACGGCUGACCAUGGAGAGCUAGCCAUGGAGCACCGGCAGUUUUACAAGAUGUCGAUGUUUGAAGGCAGCUCCCAUGUUCCUUUGCUGGUCAUGGGGCCUGGGCUUAUGUCUGGCCUGCAGGUCAACCAACUUGUGUCUUUGGUUGAUCUCUAUCCCACUGUGCUGGACAUUGCUGGUAUUCCAGCACAAGGUAUCCUCAGUGGCCAUUCGCUCCUUCCUCUGCUAUCCAAGGCAAGCGCUUUUUCAAACAAGCAACAUCCAGACUGGGUUCUGAGUGAAUAUCAUGGUUGUAAUGUCAAUGCCUCUACAUACAUGCUGAGAAGUGGCCGGUGGAAAUAUAUUGCCUAUGCAGAUGGCCUGAGUGUUCCCCCACAGCUUUUUGACGUAACACUGGACAAAGAAGAACUUCAUAAUGUAAUUCUCAAAUUCCCAGAUGUGCGGGCACACCUGGACAAGCUUUUGCGCAGCAUUGUAGAUUAUCCAAAAGUUUCUACAGCUGUCCAUCUCUACAAUAAAAAAGCAUUUGGUGUCUGGCGCCAUAGUUUGGGGAGAAACUACAGCCAGGUCAUUGCUAACCUCAGGUGGCAUGUAGAUUGGCAAAAAAAUGUGUUAGCCAAUAAGAGAGCUAUUGACAAGUGGCUCUAUGGCUCAGUUUGAAAUCUUUAUGGUUAACUUUAAGGUGUCUGUUUUUUAAUGAGAUGGACUCUUUUACUCUCACAUCUUAGACAACCAGAGAGCCAAUAAUGGGUAAUAUCAGAGUAUCCUUUUUAAUGUCCUAGGCUCACUCUAUGACUGAAUCUGGACUUUUACUUAUACAUCACAUCUCUGACACGUAUCCACCACCACACAAAAGUUAGACUUUCAGUGGGGAUAGUGGGGAAGAAUGUACAUAUCCUUUCAUUAUUUAUUUCUUAAUCCAUUAAUUUGUUUCAAAUAAAUACAUAUGUUGCUCA